AUGGCUUGUGUCAAGAAGGGUCUUUCUCGUCAAGAUGCUCACGAGGAGAUCCGUGUCCUUUCCCACCAGGCCGCCGACAACGUCAAGAAGCAGGGCAAGGACAACGACCUGCUUGAGCGCAUCCGCCGCACCGCCUUCUUCGAGCCCAUCAUCCCGGAGCUGGAGAGCCUUCUCGACGCCCGUACCUUUGUCGGCCGCGCCCCCCAGCAGGUUCAAAAGUUCACGACUACCGAGGUUGCUGCCGCACUCAAGCCUUACGCCUCGAGCAUUGCCAAGGCCGAGACCGCUUCCUUGUACGUCUAA